AUGCCUUCCAGGAAGAAAACGUGCAUGUUUGCCUGCUCCUUCUGCAGCUGUGUGGGCUCCUUCGUGCUGCUGUGCGUGGUGCUGGCCACCCCGCAGUGGGUGAGCAGCGAGCUGCGCUUCUCCAGCAGCGCCUCCAACGUCACCAUCAGCCUCAGCUACGGCCUCUUCAGUGGCACCUGCGAGCAGUUCCUGGAUCUAGGACUCCAGGUGCCCAAAAGCAUCUUCCAAGUCGCGGACGCCCUGGGCAGUGGCAGCGGCAGGAACCUGAACGUCGCCACCAUCGUGGUGCUGGUGCUGGCUCUGCUCAGCUCCCUGCUCAGCUCUGGCUUCACCUGCACCAACGCUGUCAGCAACCCCUACCAGACAUUCCUGGGGCCCGUCGGAGUCUACACCUGGAAUUCUGUGUGCGGUGUCCUGACCCUCCUAGCCAUGAUCCUUUUCCCUGUGAACGUGCAAGGACAGGGGCUGUCUGAACAGCUGGUCCCUGCAGCGUGCUCCACCAGCCUGCAGACACAGCUGGGCUCCAGGCACACCUAUGGAUAUUCCUACUGGCUCAUGCUGCUCAUCCUCCUCCUCAACAUUGCCUCCCUCACCAUCAUCUAUUUCUAUGACCAUGCCACAUAUUCCAAGAAGAAAGAGCAGGAGAGGCCCAUUGAGAACGCACCCAAGGAUGUUAUUCUGUUUUAA